AUGCAGCUACCCCAAACCCAUGGAGUGGAGUCCUAUGACGAGCUGCAAGGAGAAGCCAACCCUGGGGCCGGAGGCUUCCCUCAGGCCAGGCAAGAGACCCAGAGGGCCCUGGUGGGAACAGUGCUGUACCAGAAGGAGCAGGGACAACGCCACGUCCAGACCAACCUCAUCAGCCCACAUCCCCGACGGGGCCUGGCUCUGAAGGACACAACAGGCUGGCGGGUGAAUUCCAGCUUUCUGCAACAGAGCAACGUGCAGCCCCACACCAGGAGGCCCCCAGGAAAGAAGCCUGCGGCCCGGCAGAAUAACCUCGGUUUAAUCAUGGCCACCAGCUCCCCUCCCCAGGGCAGCCACAGAGCACUGGCUCACUUGUCCCCGUGGCCACAGAACCCAGAACCCAGGCCCACCGCAGGCUAUGCCCCUCCCUAUGGGUGCACAGGACCAGGCACCCGAUUCUUGGGUAGUCUCAGGGGCCAGACUUCCAGGCUCACAGGGGAACCCCUCACCCUGGAGGACCUGGCAAUCCCUGCCCAGACGCAGGCUCAGCACCCAUCCUGUGCUGUCAUCCACCAGCUGCUGGCCUCUGUGCAGCGCCUGGAGUGGCAGGCAGCCCAUCUCAGGGACUGGGCAUCUUGGAAGCCCCGGGGCCCUACACAGCAGGGUCCCUGCCUGGGCAAUGGGCAAGCCUUUCCCACCCAUCUCCAGCACAGCCGGCCUGUUCUUGCUUCCAGUGAUAAGAGGAGACACUCCCAUGGCCACAAGGAAACUGCAGAUCCCUGUGUGACUCAGGGGACCCACACUGGUCACUCAGACUCUUGGGCAUCCAACGGACCAGCGUCACCCAAGACCUCUUUGGGAAUGUGGACUGGGCAUUUCCAUGACUCUGGGCAGGGAGUGCUUCCUGCCCAGCCCCUCAGGCCAGAACAUGAGGGAACCCUAGGGCCCACCUGUGGCAGGGCAUGCAGGGAGAACCCUGCUGCCUCUCAAGGGUCGGGCAGCAAGGAGGCCUGGCCUGGCUCUUCAGCCUUUUCCAGUGCAGCCACAGCUAGGAGAGUCCUAUCCAGGCGAGAAGAAGUGCAUAUCCCAAGGGAGCCAGGAGAGGGGACAGCUUUGGGUCCUCCGGAUGAAGCCCUGGCAAGGAGGGGUGUCUUUCAGAAUGAGGCCCGAGACAGUGUGGGCCUGGAAGCGUGCCCUACAGCCAGCCGGCAGCUGCUGUCCAGAUGUUUCAGAGCCUGGAUAUGUGUGGCGCAGAGGCAGCGGGCAGCAGUGGCAGCCAUGGCUCUGAGACACAGGCGGCUGUUGCGAGAGGGCUUCCGGGGACUGCGGUGGACACUGUGGCUCCAGGAGGCCCGGAUGGAAGUGGCCGGGAGGCGACAUGCAAAGACCUUGCUGGCCCAGACCUUCCGAGAGUGGAGACUCCUAGUGGUAGACCAGAAGGAAGGGCAGCUGCAUGUCCAGCCUGCAUCCAGACGCUACGCUUCCUGGGCCAGCAAGGACCAAGUCGUCCGCCUGGAAAGAGAUGCAGCGGGGUGCCCCACCCCAAGAAGCAGGGCAGGGAGCUUGAGGAGAGAGGAGGGAGCCCAGCCUCCUCCUUCAAAGCCUGGGCAGAGACCAGACAGUGGAGACGAUGGAGAUGGUGGAGACAGGAGAGUCCAGACCCUGCAGGUCCUGCAGCAGCUGGCAGUCUUCCUCCUGUGGUGCCAGAAAGACCAGGCCAGGAAGGAGAUGCGAUCUCUCGGGAAGGUCACUCAGAGGACACAAAGGACAGAUGUGUCUCCAGCGGCCUCCCAGCCCAAGAGAGACUGGCUGUGCAGGUGCUUCUGGGCCUGGAGGCGGAUCAUGCAAAGAGAGGCCCUGUGCCAGGGCCACCUGGCUGACCACUGCAGGAGGACAAUGAGGGUGUACCUGGAACAGUGGGUGCGGAUGAAGCAGCUGCGAGCCUCAGAUGCGGUGAAGGUGACCGCGCUGUCCCUCUGCCGGUGGAAGGCAGGGAACCUGGCCCUCCAAAGCUCAGCCCGAGGCCUGGAGACAGUGUCCCUGGUGUCCCUGCAGGGAGCCUGCAGGAGACUGGCCCUCCGCAGGGCCCUGCUUCUCUGGCAGACCCGGUUGUCCCAGCACCAGCAGGCCAACUCCUUCUUCCAGGGCACAAGGGAGCGGACCGUGAGGUGCAUCCUGAACUGCUGGUGCGUCAGGGUGUGGGGUGUGAACUCCCUCUCGGGCAGCAGUGUGGCCACCUUGGUCCUGGAGCCACUGAGCAGUGUCCUAGGAGGGCCCCUGGAGCCCCCAACCUCCUGGACACUCACAGUCACGGGCCUGUACCACAGGACAAGCACCAUCUGCCCUGCCAGGUGUGGGGUGCAGCGAGGGAAUGCCUCCGCCUCCAGAGGCAGGUCCUUGCUGCUGGGGGUGGGCUGGGCUGCCAGGGGUGGCAGUGACCAUCCUCGGGUGGACACUCUGCUUCUCAGCACCCUCCUCACUCAGAGACACUGGACACCUGUUCAAGGGACCUGGAGAGAGGUGGCUGCCCACCAGGCCUGGCACCAGAGCUGCAGGGUUGCCCUGGGCCUGUGGCAGUGGCAGCUGGCAGGCACCAACUCCCAAACCCCCGACAACAGGAGCUGGGUGGCCUGUGACCACAGGAUACCUGUCACAGAAGCCUUUAACUCAGGCAGUCUGGUGGCUGCCUCUGUGCCCAUGUGGCUGGGGACAGAGCUGACUGAGCACCCACGGCUCCCUUGGCGGUGUCUGGAUAUCUCUCUGGCUCCAGGACAGCGGCUUCUGCGUGAGAAGCACAAGUGCCAGAGUUGGGUGCACGGCCACCUCCAGAAGGUCAUGUUCCAGGGCUGGUGGCAGGAGGUGGCCCAGAGGAGACACCUUACCAGGUAG